AUGGAUAUGGAAAAGGAAGAGUUGCAGCACGCUCUCGAUGAGGCUGAGAGUGCUUUGGAAGCCGAAGAGAGCAAGGUCCUUCGGUCCCAAGUCGAGGUACAGCAAAUCCGAUCGGACGUGGAGAAACGUAUUCAGGAGAAGGAAGACGAGUUCGAAAACACGAGAAAGAAUCAUCAACGAGCCUUGGAGUCUAUUCAGGCCUCGCUUGAGACGGAAGCCAAGAGCAAAGCCGAACUGCUGCGUUCCAAGAAGAAGUUGGAGAGCGAUAUCAAUCAACUAGAGAUCGCCCUUGACCAGGCCAACAAAUCGAAUGUCGAUGCACAAAAGACCCUCAAACGUUGUUUCGAUCAGGUGAAAGAACUACAAGGACAAGUGGACGAGGAGCAACGACGACGGGAGGAGAUUCGUGAGAAUUACCUUGCAGCCGAGAAGAGACUGGCCGUCGCACUUUCCGAGACCGAAGAGGUUCUGCAACGAAUCGACACCGCUGAGAAGAGCAAGAAGCAAUUGGAACUGGAUCAGGCAGACCUGAAAUCACAAAACAACGAGCUUGUCUCUAACAACUCUGCGUUAUCUGCGCUGAAGAGAAAGGUCGAAAACGAUGUCACUAUUGCAAGAGCUGCUGCUGACGCUGAACGUUUGUCCGAGGAAGUUCGACAAGAGCACGAACAUGCCGCUCACCUUGACCGUCACAGGAAAGGACUUGAACUCACCUUCAAAGAACUCCAAGCGAAAAUCGAAGAUUCCGAAAGAGCCAUGCUACUA